UUUCCUUUGUUCCCGGCGAUCUGUCACAUUCGCGAGAUCUCAUUCAUUCUGCAAUUUUACGACUCGUCGGAUCUUCGCCUGGCAGCUCGUGGCUCUAUAAAUAAGUAUAUUCUCACCCGACAAUGCUCGUCGUCCUCGCUACUGCUCUAUUGGCCCUGAGCGGCAGCUUGGUGAGUGCCCACGGUUCUCACCCCGACCAGCCGCCCUCGUCGGAUUGGGCCACCCGGCAUAUGCAAGAGGAGCAUCACAUUGAUGCCUUCGAUGCUGCUUCCUUCUUCUCCCUCCACGACUAUGAUGAAUCCGGGGCAUGGACUCCCGAGGAAGUGCGCAAGACAUACGGCAUGGACGAUGAGACGAAUGCAGGUGCCACAGAGGAUCGCAAGAGCCAAGCCUUAAGAGAAGUGUUCACGCUCUUCGACCCCACGAAUACUGGCUUCAUCACCCGCGACAACUGGAUGCGCAUCAUCGGCGAGGGCACUCGGCUGCCCGAUCUGGGCUUCGGUCCGGGCCACCACGGCGACAUUGAGUAUGAGUACGAGAUCCACCACUUCGAGAAGUAUCAUGGCGAAGAUGCGACAGAGGAGGAGCUCACCCACCCCGAAGACAUUGAGCACUUCCGGCGGCACGACGAGGAAGAUCUGGCGAUGGAGCGCCUCGAGCAGCUUGAGAGCAUGCAGAUCGUCGAGGCCAACAUACCGCAGAAGUUCCUCAAGCAAGCUUAGAUGAGUGUACAUUAGAUUCUUUAUGUUGUUGUUGUUAUAGUUGAUGAUGAUACUGUACAUAAUAAAUGUGUGAUGAGACGAACAUCCUCG